AUGGAGAAUUAUCUAGAAGCCCUGGAUCUCUGGGAAGCAGUGGAAGAAGACUACGAUAUUCCUCCUCUUCAUGAAAAUCACACUGUGGCACAGAUUAAAGAACAAAAGAAGAGUAAGAUGAAGAAAUCCAAGGCAAAAGCCUGUCUAUUUUCUGCAGUGCUGAAUUUAAUUCGUGGCUUUGAAUUGCAAAAGAUGAAGGAGACAGAAAAUAUAAAGGAAUACUUUGACAAGCUACUCAACAUAACGAAUCAAGUCAAAUUAUUGGGUUCUUCAUUGGAAGAUUCAAGGAUUAUUCAAAAAGUCCUUGUAACAGUGCCUGAAAGAUUUGGGGCUACCAUCACCACCUUAGAAAACACAAAGGAUCUGACAAAUAUUACUUUGUCAAAACUCUUAAGUGCCUUGCAAGCACAAGAGCAAAGGCGUGCAAUGAGGGAAGAAGGAGUCGUUGAAGGAGCCUUACAAGUUAAGCAUCAAGAAGAUAAAAAGAAUUGGAAAUUCAAGAACAAGAAGUCUCAAACCACAAAUGGACAAAGUUCUACAUCUGAGAACAUAAGAAAAGUUGGAGUAAAGAAAGAUUUUCCUCCAUGUCAGCAUUGUGGCAAAAAAGGUCAUCUUCCUUUUAGAUGUUGGAGAAGACCAGAUGCAAAGUGCAGCAAGUGUAAUCAUUUGGGACAUGAAGCUGUCAUUUGUAAGAAUGAAAAUCAGCAGCAAGAAGAUGAAGCAAAAAUGGAAGAUCAAGAAGAAGAAGAUCAUCUUUUCGUUGCAACUUGCUUCACGGGUCGUGAAACAAGUGAAAGCUAG